AUGAACCCUAAUGCCACUUUUAUUCGCCCUGCAAAAUUCUGUCUCAGUGGGUUUUCUGAUGUCCCUCAUGUUAAGUAUUUCUAUGUCUUCCUGUGUUUUGUCUAUAUCAUGACUGUUCUUGGGAAUGGCCUCCUCCUCUCAGUGAUUUACCUGGUUAAGACUCUUCAUACUCCUAAAUACAUGAUUGUGUUCAACCUGGCUUUGACAGAUUUGUGUGGGAGCACUGCUCUCAUCCCAAAACUCCUGGACACAUUUUUGUUUGACAAUAGAUACAUUGUCUAUGAGGCUUGUUUAAGUUAUAUGUUUUUUGUGUGGUUGUUUACAUUUGUGCAGUCAUGGACACUUGUGAUUAUGGCAUAUGACAGAUUUAUAGCAAUUUGCUUCCCUUUAAGGUAUUAUAAUAUUGUGACUAAACCAGCUAUUGCUGUAAUGCUGCUCUUUACAUGGUUUUUUUUAUCGAUUCUAAUAGCCUGCGUGGUUGGGUUACUUGAUCGCCUCUCCUUCUGUGGAUCUGUGGUGAUACAAAGCUUUUUCUGUGAUCAUGGACCAGUAUAUCGUCUGGCUUGUAAUGACAACUCUUUAAAUUAUAUGAUGGCAGUUCUUGUCUUUUUUGUAAUUUUCUGUAUUCCUCCUGUAUUGAUAGCACUGACAUAUAUUUGCAUUACCAUAGCACUGAGCAGGAUUGCAUCAAAACAGGAACAAGUCAGAGCUUUGAAAACUUGUACUUCUCACCUGUUUCUUGUGGCUCUUUUUUUCCUGCCACUUUUGGGCACCAACCUAGCUGUACCUAUCUCCUACAACCAUCCUAAUUCCAGGAUCAUAAACUCUACUUUGACACACACCAUACCAGCUUUGCUCAAUCCAAUUAUUUACUCUUUAAAGACAGAAGAAGUGCUGAAAUCUAUCAAGAAACUUUACACCAACAAUGGGAUUAGUAGCAUAACUUUGUCCAAAAAGGUGACCUCUUUAUCACAGUUACAAUGA